GAGCUUGGAACAGCCCCAGCACCUGAAGUCGCUGUUUCGGUCUAAUCUGGACGUAGAUGCUGGUGUAAAUCCUCUACCUGAUAAAAUCCCUGGUGGGUCAGUAACUGUACAGGCUCAGAAAUGCUGCUGAAAACUCCCACCAGACUCCUCUACACCACAAGCUUUCUGCUGCUGGCUUUAGCAGUUCUAAUCUUCACUGGCUUCAAGCUGAGCCUGGAGAGGCAGCUGUACCCCGUGCAAACCAAAGACAACGUCUGUACAGAGGCGUGUAUUGAGGCUCUUAUGGAGGAUAAGGACAGUCCCCUGUUAAAGGACUGCCCUGUUGAAGACAAAAAGGACAGGCAGCAAUCAGUAGCCAAACAAGCAAAUCUGGAGACGGAAGCAGAGAUCCUCAUCUUGGUCUGGAUAUGGCCUUUUCACACACCGUUUCCAGUGGAUAACUGCGAAUCACUGUACGGCAUCAAAAACUGCCGUAUAACAGACGACAGAAGUCAAUACGAGCAAGCUGACGCCGUUUUUUUCCACGUUAGAGACAUCAGUGAUCAGAUACCAAACCUUCUGAAGAUGCCACGUUUUCCACUGCAGAUGUGGGUGUGGGUAAACAGUGAGCCUCCAAGUUACACACCUCAGCUGAGAGGAGCAGAAGACCUGUUCAAUCUGACGGCAAAUUACCGAAGAGAUUCAGACAUCUGGGCGCCUUAUGGACGAGUCGUAAAAGCCACCGAGGAGGAGAAAGCCUUUCAGAUACCAAAAAAGGACAAACUGGUCUGCUGGAUUGUCAGCCACUGGAGCGACGACUUCAAGCGAUCGAUCUACUUCAAAGAAUUUAGCAAACACAUCCAAGUAGAGGGCUUUGGAAAGUACUUUGGGAGAGAAUUGAACAGAAAAGAUUUUUUCAAAAUUAUUGCCAGCUGCAAGUUCUACCUGUCGUUUGAGAACUCCAUCCACAAAGACUACAUUUCAGAGAAGGUCUUUCAGCCACUGGUUCUUGGCACGGUGCCUGUGGUUAUCGGUCCGCCCAGGGACAACUAUGAGGAAUUCAUACCGAGAGACGCCUUCAUCCACAUUGACGAUUUCUCAACACCCAAAGACCUGGCUGAACAUCUCAAAGCCGUUGACCAGAACCAGGAAAUGUACGAAGGAUAUUUUGCUUGGAGGAAACACUUUGUUGCCAAGGAUGGUCGUGCUGAAGAGAACGCCUGUCGUAUUUGUGAAUAUAUGAGAAUGUACAAGAACUACAGAGUGUUAAAAAACAUUAACAAAUGGUAUUUUAAUUAGCCAGAACUCGGAGCUGAAACUCAUUUGUGGACUCUUGACUACUUUAAAUAGUGUUGUGCUUUUGAGUAAGAAUCCAGAAUCACAAAUCAAAAUCUCACGUCAUAAAAGUCCUAAGCAUGAAGAUCUAAAGCUACUAACACUCCGGAGGUUCUAAGUACUUAAAAAAGGCAAAAACAAAACAAAAACAAAAGUUCAGCACACAAAAUUUGAAGAUUUACAAAUGCAAGGGUUUUAAUUUUUACAUAAUGUGCGUCAUUUUGUAAAAAGCAGCAGUAUUUAAGUGAUGUAAGAUUAAGGGUUGAAAAAACAAGAUUAUUUGCAUAUUUCCUGUUCACCAUCAUGGUGUUAGAGUGCCUAUGGGGUAUGUACUAGGCCACCUUUUUUUUCUUUUUUAAGCCUUGUACAUGAAUUUCUCAUGUACACGGAUUUGUAUAUAGAAGAUGCUGAAAAGUUUGUGAUUGAGAACGGUUAGACCAGCCUUUCCAGACGUUGUAUUGCUGGAUGAUAGCAGGACUGGAGGUAUAAAGGAGAGAAGACACACUCAGUAAACAUCACUACAAAAGCUGUGAAAACCUGUUUUGCUGUUUACCGAUUGUAACUGAACAUUCAAGGAGGUAAAAUCUGCAUAAAAACAUGUCACACUUUUUCUCAAACUCAUUUGUUUACCUGUGUAAAUUUUAAAUUUAAAAAUUU